AAAGCUCCAUCAUAAACAAGAUAUUUCCCUGUGAAAGCACUAAUUUAGCCUUCAAAAAGAGUGCAUGUUUGUUGUUGCACAUAUCAACUCCACAUAUUGCUUUCCAGAUUUCAAAUUUAUACUGAAUGACUGCAAUCUCCGGACUUGAAAGACUGACCAAAUGGAAAACUACAGCAACAACUCCAAUGUAUAUAGAUGUAUGAAAAAAAGCAACAGCAACAGAUAAGGCAGCCUAAGUGCCCUGAAAGAAUCCUAUGAAGAGCAUGUUCUUUUGAGUAUAAUGUAAAACAUCAUCAUACCAAAAAACCAUCAUGAUUGAAAGGUCAGAAUUAUAAACAGUGACUUUUUAAAUUACUUUUAGAAGACUUUCCGCCUUGAAAUUGAAUUCAUUGUGCAUUUUUUAUGAGUCGAACACCUGAAUUCUUGAAGUAGAAUUCAUUGUGCUUAAAGUCUAUAGAUCAUCAACAGCGAUGGAUGCUCUUCUGAAGCAAUUUGAGAGACUAAAGAGGCCCAUAGAUAUGGUCCAAACUCUCCAUGACCGCCAACUUAAAGAAGUCCCUGCUCGAUAUAUUCUUCCAUCUGAUCAGAGGCCAGUCCCUGCUAUUGAAGCUCCACAAUCUAUUCCUGUCAUCGAUCUAGCAGCUCACCACUCAGAAAUAGUAACCCAGGUAGCCAAAGAAUCCCAAGACUGGGGCUUCUUCCAGGUAUUAAAUCAUGGGAUAGAUCUUUCAUUGCUGGAGAGGAUCAAACGGGUGUCAAAAGAAUUCUUUGAUCUUUCUUUGGAAGAAAAAAGAAGACAGUGUCCAGUAAGGCCUGGUACUCGUAUGCUUGAAGGUUAUGGCCGUUUCUUUGACAUCUCCGAUGUCACAGUCUUGGAUUGGGUUGAUGCCCUUGUUCAUUAUAUCUCCCCACCCUCUGUCAAGGCAGUUGAACACUGGCCAAAAACACCCCACACAUACAGGGAAACCUAUGAAAAAUAUGGAGAAGAGGUACUCAAACUUACAGAUAAGUUGCUUGGUAUGCUUUCUGAGGGUUUGGGGUUGGACCCUAAUUAUUUUCGCACCCUUAUCAAGGAACCCCUGCUUCAGCUCAGAAUCAAUUAUUACCCUCCAUGCCCUCAGCCAGAUUUGGUGAAUGGACUGAGACCCCAUUCUGAUGGGAAUCUUCUCACUGUCCUGAUAGAUGAUCAGGUUGACGGUCUUCAAGUUCGGAAAGGAGAAGAAUGGUUUACCAUAUCCCCUGUUCCUGGGUCACUCGUUGUCAACAUUGGUGAUCUCUUGCAGAUAAUAAGCAAUGGAAAAUACACGAGUGCAGAGCACAGAGCAGUGGUAAAUACAAAUCAGUACAGGAUGUCAGUUGUCAUGUUUUUAAAUCCACAAGAUGAUGUGCUGAUUGCUCCAGCUCCUGAAUUGAUUGAUGAAACUCAUCCUAGAUUGUAUCAAUCUAUUUUAUCUCAAGAGUAUGGAACCACUUAUAUGAGCAAGGAUAAUCGAGGAAAAGCUCCAGUAGAAGCUCUUAUACUUUCAUAACAAAGUUAUCUGCUUUUGAGAUACCGUUUGUAAUACAUUGAUGGCUCAUCUCGAGGGAGUUCUGGUUAUGCUGGUAUUGGUGGGCUUGGUCGUGAUAGCUCUGGAAGUAUUCAGUCUAUUUUCUUUAUUUAUAAGGGUUUUCAUACCAAUAAUCUUCUGGAGGCUCUUGCCAUUUUGUAUGCGGUGGAGUGUAGUUGUGUUUUCGGUUGGAAGUGAAUUGUUUGUGAAUAAGAUUGUUAGGUCGUGGUGACUCUGCUCAAUGAGCAUCAGUUAGAUGAGGUUAGUUGACAGUUCGCUGUGGUGAUUAGGCGGAUUCUUUGGUUGUGUGUCUCCUUGGAAUUUAUUACUUUUUGUCACAUUCCUAAGGAGUGGAAUGGUGUUGCUGAUUGUUUGGCCAAAUGGACAUCUGAUCAUGGACAGGGUUGGAAUAUUGUAGAUAGAGAGCAAUUAUCUCUGGAUAUGUCUCUUCAGCUAGAUCACUUAGUGGAGAUUGACAGAGUUGUGUAAUUUGUUUUCUGCUGAGCUUGUGACUCUCCUUGUUUUGUAUCUCUUUCUGUGAUUUAAUAAAUUUUUAUCCCCCUUUUA